GGGGACAGGGUGGUGGUGGCAGGGUGGUGGUGGCAGUGCCCGUGCUGGCAGUGGUAGGGACAGGGUGCUGGUGGCAGUGCCCAUGCUGGCAGUGCCACCCUGGCUGUGCCCGCAGGAGCCCACCUGGCUGCAGGACGAGGAGGAUGAGCUGUGGCCCGAGUUCCCUCCCUGCUUGUCCCCAGAGGGGGCCACCAGUCCCACGUCCCCCCUCUCCCCGACAUCCCCUGUGUCCCCCACAUCCCCGGCAUCCCCUACGUCCCCCACAUCCCCCACAGCUGGCACCGAGGGCUCAGGGGGCAGCGAAAGGGGUGCGCCGAAGGGGGGGCCGCAGGGCCGGGCACCCCCUGGGACAGCAGGGCCGAGGCCCAGGCCAGAGGGAGCCGGGGGGCGGCCACGGGUGAGUGCCCGGGCACAGGGGCGCAGCGCCAUCCUGGAGAAGUUUGGAGGGUGAGAGGGGCCUGGCCCCAUGGGGUCCACGGGGGGGCUGGGGUCAACGGGGCAAGGCACGUGGGAACUGGGUGACCAUGGGGCAAUGAGGGGCACGGGAGGGCUGGGGGUCCAUAGGGCAAUGGAAGGUAUUGGGGGGCUGGGGGACCAAGGGACAAUGAGGGCCACAGAGGGCUGGGG